CUGCGGUGCGCACUAUGUUAGUUUUAUGUUUCUUCCCUGUUAGAAGCAAUGAGGAAAAGUAAUGAAUCUAAUCUAAUUUUAUAUUUUUUUCAUACCUAGAUUUCUUUACAUAAAAUUUGCCCUAAUAGUUUUACGGAGCCCCUAACAUUUACAUAAAAUUUGCUCUAAUGGUUUUACGAAGCCUCUAACAUGACGUAGACAUGAUGAAAACUUUGCUUUCCCAUAAAAUGAUUGCGAUGUAUAAGUGUCGUAAAAUUCUAUCCGUUUUUUUGAGAAACAAUAAACAGUACAUUAACAGUAUACGUAUUUAGGUUUUUUUUUUUUUUUUUUCGAAUCAAGUUCGAAUGGGGAAAUCAGAAUACCCUCCAAUUGUGUUUUUCUUUACGCGGAAGUACAAUAACUCGCAUUAGAAAACAAAUUGCGUCGCCUCGACCGCCCCCAAAAAUAUUGCAAACUUUGUGAGCGAAAGCAAAGUUUAUUUUAUUUUAUUUAUUUUGCUAGUUUUUCCUCUCUCUGGUAAGUCACCUUAGGGGCUCCGUUUGUUUUUGAUAGAAAACGUAUCCUGGACAACCCCGUCAUAUUGUGACAGAAAGCAUAACUUCGCAACUUUGCUCUAUUAAAAUCUACAGUGUGCUGCAUGCGCUUGUGACCAUGGCCGUGAACCUUCGGCUGUGCGGACGAUCCUUGGAGGCGGUCGCUGCUUGUACGAUCGAAGACACGCCACCCACCCAGUGGUUUCUAUACAAAGAGAUGGGUGUGGUAGGAAGAGCAACUGUGCGCUGUCACCGACGAACUAUUGUGUCGCCCACGUCAAACGGACCUGAAACAAGAGCAGGCAGAACAAGAUUGUCAAGUGCAAUAUAAAUAUAAUACACAACGUUGUUGUUUCCCCCCCUUGCCUUAGCUUGGAGAAAUUAGGAGCAGUCUUCUGGGGCACGGUGCAAGGUACAGUUUACUUUGCUGACUGUUGUAGAGCAAUGAGCCUGGUCCAGCUGCUGAAAAGCCACUUCUUGAGCAGUCUGAUCAUCUGCUAUGUGUUCCUGGUCAGCGGCCUCAUCAUCAACCUGCUUCAGCUAUGCACUCUUCCUCUGUGGCUGUUCAACAAGCAGCUGGCACGGAAGGUCAACUGCAGAUUUGCCUACUCCAUCUAUAGCCAGAUGGUUGCCACAUUAGAGUGGUGGUCUGGAACGGAAUGCAGCCUGUAUACUGAUCCAAAAUCUUACCCAUUGUAUGGAAAGGAAAAUGCAAUUGUGGUUCUCAACCACAGUUUUGAGAUAGACUUCCUGUGUGGUUGGACCUUCUGUGAGCGAUUCGGAGUCCUCGGGAGUUCCAAAGUUCUUGCCAAAAAAGAGUUGGCCUACGUCCCGGUCAUCGGUUGGAUGUGGUACUUCCUGGAGAUCGUUUUCUGCAAGAGGCAGUGGGAAAAGGACAGAACGACAGUGACUCAAAGCCUUCAGAACCUUAGGGACUAUCCUGAAAACUAUUGGUUUUUGCUUUACUGUGAAGGAACUCGCUUCACAGCAAAGAAGCACCAGAUCAGCAUGCAGGUGGCCGAGACGAAAGGUCUGCCCAAACUGAAGUAUCAUCUUCUACCAAGAACCAAAGGCUUCUGGGUCACUGUUCAAAACCUCAGAGGAACUGUCGCAGCAGUCUACGACUCCACGCUCAACUUCAGAAACAAUGAAAUGCCAACCCUGCUGGGAAUCCUUCACGGAAAGAAAUACCACGCAGAUUUAUAUGUGAGGAGAAUUCCGCUGGACCUGAUCCCAGAAGAUGAAUCUGAGUGCGCUAAUUGGCUUCACAAACUCUACCAGGAGAAGGACGGUUUUCAAGAGGGCUACGAGCGGACGGGGCGGUACCCCGGCCCCAUGGUGAACCCACCGCGGCGGCCCUGGUCACUGAUCAACUGGUUGUUCUGGUCCUGCCUUCUCCUUUACCCACUGGGCCUACUCCUCGCACAGCUCAUCCUUUCAAGAUCAGUGGUGACCAUUUUGUCUGCGGUGGUCCUCUGCACUGCAGCUUCAGUGGCUGUUCGUUGGAUGAUUGGCCAGACUGAGAUUAACAGAGCUUCAAACUAUGGAAGCAAGACGACUCAUCAAAACAACAACUGAGGAAGCCAGAAAGCACAGUAGCACAGCUACUGCAAAAUGAACAUUAAUGUUCCUAGCUUUGACUGCACUGCCGAUUUCUGCCGCAACAAGUGGCGAUCUGCCCUGAACCACAAUGUAGCCAGUGUACUACCGACAAUGAACAGUGACUGGAGGCAUGGCAUUCAACCCGCUUAGAAAACUGUAGUCAUUUUCAGGCGGACAAACAUUGAAACAUUAAAUCAGGAUGAAACUCACAAUAUUUCCGUUUGAAUGGUCACGGAAAAGAAUUGCCAAAAGCAUAUAUACUGCUACUGUGGAUUUGUACGACAAUUAUAUUGUCAAAAUGUGUUAUUUGUGACAAUCAUCCAGGAACAAGCACACUUCCUCUAUGAAACCUAAUUUAAAAUACAUUUGUAUUUAAUUACUGCCCGGUACAUUUCCUGUGUUGUAGCCAGUGAGCUCCUCUUGGUUUUCAGCAAAGUUCAUGUACCAUUCAUAUGAGCAAAGGUUAAUGGAAUGGGGAUGGUCACAAAAUUGCUACAGUCUGUGUAUUAUUUUUAUUUUGCUCUUAUUUCAGCUUUUAUCAUCAACCUGAUGAACUGUGUGAACUGUGUGAACUCUGAGUGAACCCACUGAGUGAACCCAAUGACUUAUUUGGUCAAUUUCAGUUCAUUUAUUUCACACAAAAUACAAAUGUACAGUUCCCUGGGACGAAUGAAUUGUUACUUAUUGCUAAAUUGAUGUCUCUGGCAGUAUUUGAUGGAAUAUUGUGAAAAAAGGACAAAAUAUAUUUGCGAAACAGCUGGUUAAUUCUUUAUAUUUAUAUUGACCGAGGUUGAAAUGGCUUUACUGUGACGGGUUCCCCUGUUAUAAUUGAGAAAAUGCUCAUGCUGCUCUAUCUGUGGUCUUACAAUAAAACUGCCUAACCUUGUAAA